GGCGCACGGCGGAGCAGAAAGCGCUGAUGUCAGGAUCUGCGGGGCUGGGCUGACGUAGCGCGCAAGAGCUCCGCACUUCGCGGCCUGUCGGGGCACAGAAACGUAGCCGCUCCUGGGCUUCUCAUCCGCCCGACAUUCUUACUCCGGGAACAGGCUUUUGUCCCCACGAAAACCGAUCGUCGUGCGAGCGAAGCGCCUCCCUCUCGGCAGCGAUUCUGCCGUAUAGCCAGCGGAGGCAUUUCUAUCCGGACGCGGUGUACAGGAGUGAGGCAUUUGUGGAUGCCCAGACAAGCACGGUCCUUCCACUGUUUUCACCAUGAAUCGGAAUAAGCGCGAGCGAGAAUACUACAGCUUGGACGUCGGGGACUCGACGUUCACGGUCCUGAAGCGCUACCAGAAUUUAAGACCCAUUGGCUCGGGGGCGCAGGGAAUCGUGUGCUCGGCAUACGAUCACGUCCUGGAGCGGAACGUGGCAAUAAAGAAACUCAGCCGGCCGUUCCAGAACCAGACGCAUGCCAAGAGGGCGUACCGGGAGCUGGUGCUCAUGAAGUGCGUCAACCACAAAAAUAUAAUCGGGCUGUUGAAUGUGUUUACGCCGCAGAAGACGCUUGAGGACUUCCAGGACGUGUACCUGGUGAUGGAGCUGAUGGAUGCCAACCUGUGCCAGGUGAUCCAGAUGGAGCUUGACCACGAGCGACUGUCUUACCUGCUGUAUCAGAUGCUGUGCGGCAUCAAGCACCUUCACGCCGCUGGAAUCAUACACAGGGAUCUCAAGCCCAGCAACAUUGUCGUCAAAUCUGACUGCACCUUGAAGAUCCUGGACUUCGGCUUAGCCAGGACGGCGGCCACGGGCCUCCUGAUGACGCCCUACGUGGUGACACGCUACUACAGGGCACCAGAGGUCAUCCUCGGGAUGGGCUACCAGGCCAACGUUGAUGUCUGGUCUGUUGGCUGUAUCAUGGCUGAAAUGGUCAGAGGUAGCGUUUUGUUCCCUGGUACAGAUCAUAUCGACCAGUGGAACAAGGUGAUCGAGCAGCUGGGGACUCCGUCGCAGGACUUCCUGAUGAAGCUCAACCAGUCCGUCCGGACCUAUGUGGAAAACCGGCCCCGGUAUGCUGGGUACAGCUUCGAGAAGCUCUUCCCUGAUGUCCUCUUCCCCGCCGACUCGGAUCACAACAAGCUAAAGGCGAGCCAGGCCAGGGACCUGCUAUCGAAAAUGCUGGUAAUAGAUGCAUCCAAGCGCAUCUCGGUGGAUGAGGCCCUGCAGCACCCCUACAUAAACGUGUGGUACGAUCCAGCUGAGGUGGAGGCGCCGCCACCGUUGAUCAGCGACCAGCAGCUGGAUGAAAGGGAGCACACGGUCGAUGAAUGGAAAGAGCUCAUCUACAAGGAGGUCCUGGCCUGGGAGGAGAGGACAAAAAAUGGGGUGAUCCGGGGACAACCGGCUUCCUUAGGUGCCGCAGUGAUCAACGGCUCCCAGCCCCCGUCGUCGUCCUCGUCUUCAUCGUCCUCCUCUUCCUCCGCCAACGAUGUAUCCUCCAUGUCCACCGAGCCCACCCUGGCCUCUGACACGGACAGCAGCUUGGAUGGCUCCGCGGGAGCGCUGGGCUGCUGUAGAUGACUAUCUGCCCGCAUCAGCGACACAGUCUCUUCCGUGGUAUAGAGUCCGGGCCGGUUUCAAAACGAACACGCUACGGCUUCGUUCACUUGCGUUUAUUCCACUCCCCUCCAGGAAUGUGCAUUGUUUUAUUUUACUAUUAUUUUUUAAGGCUGUAAAAUAUUGAGGCAUAUUGUUUUUUUUUUAUUUUAUUUUUUGUGGAAAUGGUCUAAGAAAGUUGUGAUUUUAAACACUAAGCUAUAUACCGACUAUAAGGACGCUUGCGUUUUUUUUUAUGCAAACGGUUACACCAUUUCAAAAUGCUGAAGAAUGACUAAGGUAAUUUGUAAAAAUUUUAUGGUAAAUAUAUUUUUUAAUAUUUGAAAUUUGCGUUCGUGCUACACCUUUUGUCAUAUGUUACUUCAAUAUGUUACUUUCUUCGCCAUUUCUCCCAUCGCUUGAAAUGGUUUUAUCUCCAUCUACCAGAUGGUUGCUUUAUUAAAUGUAUCUAUUCGAUAGAUAUUUGGAUUGUACUCUAAUAAGCAACUUUUCUUCCGUUACUUUCCUUCAAUGGUUAAGACACCUUUAAAUCCUUUUUGUGUGUAUUAAAGUUUUUAGAUGCGGUUUGAUUCCUAAAGCUAUCUGCUGUUUCUCAGGCAUUUUUAUCGCUAAAUUGCUGUAUGCGGGUUUUUUUUCGUGGCUGUCUGAUACAGAUUCGUGUGUUUGGUUUGAAUUUAUGUGCGAGAUGAAGUUAGCGGGGGUCUGUGGCUAAAUGGAGUGUUGGGGUCCGGGAGUGAAUCGCUGCAGAUCGCGCGUCUCCCCCCGUCCUCCUGGCUAAUCUCGCCAAACCGCAAUGCUGGGGUCAGGCGGCGUGUGAAAUAGGCUUCAGUGCAAGGCUUUAAGAAAUAUCUGUGCCGUAUCGCGUUCACCCACUUUGCGGGCGCAUUGCAGGGGGAAAUCGCGGCUCGUAAUGGUGUAGCAAAUCGAGGCAGCGUUGUUCAAGUGCGUGUGUUGAGAGUGAUGUCACUUUUAACUCCCCCCCCCCCGUUAUUAUUUGCGGUCUUUGGCUUGCAGUAUGUUUACAUUUUUUUACAGACAUUUAGUGCUUUCCCUAUCCAGUUUCAUCAUAAAGAGAAAACUGAGGAAAAACUGGAGUUGGUAAACGUAAACCAGAAAUGCACGAUGCAGGAUGUAAAUGCAUGUGUAAAUCUAUCUAAUUUGAGCAAUGCUGACAAGCGCCAGUAUAGAAAGACUGAGAAAAUACUGUAUGCAAUAAAGGCAUUCUUUUUUUUAAGUUACAAAUGGAAAAGUGCCUGCAGUUGUGGAUUCAUUCCUGAAGUAUCCAAAACCAAGGACGUUAGGUUUCCUAGCUACACGGUUUGCGACAAAUACUAGUAUUUGUACUGUGUUUAAUCACACCCAAAGUGGCCCAUAUCGGAAAUUCUAUUUUUCUAGUUGAGGAAAAGGAAAAAGUUGGCUUCAGUAAGUUAUAACAUACACGUUUCUUUUAAAUACGCUAAGGGUGACUUGCCUAGGUUUUUCAUCAAAGUUGAAUGUGUUUUAUAUAAUCGCUAUUUGGUUUGUACGCUUUUUCGCCUAAGUUUGGGGGGGAAAAAACGUCGUAAACUAGGCACCUAAGGUGACGUUAGAAAGACCGUUUCCUUUUUCCCCUUGUGACGGGUGUUUUUGGGUUAACUGAAACGGGGUGGACUGUUCGGAAACGUGCAGGGAACGGGGAGGCAGGGUGCCGAAACCGAGAUGCCUGCUGUGGACGUUUGGCCACACGGGGGCGCCAGCUACUCACACGCAAUACCCUUUCCUUUUGUGUUCUUUUCGUUGCAAGUGCUCUUAUUUUUCCUGGCGCUGCUGGCCCCUCAGCAGGUGCGCGCGCUUGAUGUUUUAGGAGACUCGUGCUUUCAAACUCUCAAAAACACUCACAAAAGUAGGCUUUGAUGAACUACCUCACACUAAAUUUCUUGGAUACACAGACACCCACAGGAUUCGGUAUAUAAAACAAUGUGAAUAAUUUGUUUUAUUUAUUUAUUUCAGAGUGUAAUAUUGUCAAUGUUAGGAGACUUCUAGUAUUAUAUGUGAUGUAUACUUCACCUAGGAGUGAGAACUGGACUUUUUUUUUUUUUUCCUUUACAGUUCAUGUGCAAUACCUAAUGCAAAUUGUGCAAAUAGUGAGUGAUGGAUGUGACCAUAUAGAUGUAUGUUUUUGAAGGUAGAGAAUGUCUGGUACUGUCAAUACAUGUUUUUUUUUCUAUUUUGUAAAUUAGAAAGAUUCUCUGUGACUUGGUGCAGUCAUAAUGUGAUGUAUUAUAACGUAAACAGCCUUCCAACCUUGUCCUCGAAGUCAGCGGCCAAAAACCAAGAGAAUUGUAAUGAGGUCAGGCAUGCUGCCCCCGCUUGAUAGUAAGACCGGACGAGUUUGAAGAAUAAAUAAAUAUACAUGAGCGAUUGCCUAAAAAAAAAAGUUCAAAUACUCGUGGUGCUGGUCUGUAAUGUUUCGCUUGUUUAACCAGCCCGAGCAGGUUUUGCUCCGAUAACUGAUCCGGUUCUGUUCACCCCGCUGCCCGAGGUUGUGGAAGAAAUGUGCUGGAGAUCCAGUCCAGCCCAGUAAUGCCAACUUGGAAAUGUACUGCAAAUAAACCGCUGAAUUCAGAA